GAAUCCAAGAUGAAUAGUAAUUAUCCCAGGUCACUGAUAGACAGGAGACCAAUGAAUGCCCCUAACUGCAUGCAAAUAGGUAUGCCUCUACCCUCUGAUCCAUCCACACAUCAACAUCUACCCCAUGGGGACAGUGUAACACAUGUCCCAUUUCUGGUCUAUCCAACCAGCUUGGAGUCAACCUAUUAUGAUAGUUAUGGUAGCAUGUUUCCCUACAUGCCCUUCCACGGGCACUUUGGUGUCUAUGACUGUCCCUUUGAGCCAGCCUUUAUUCAAAAGAGAAAUGAGAGGGAGAGGCAGAGGGUUAAAUGUGUGAACGAGGGUUAUGCCAGACUCCGCGAUCACCUCCCAGAGGCAAUGUCGGAGAAACGUUUGAGCAAAGUGGAGACCUUGAGAGCAGCCAUCAGGUACAUCAAGUACCUACAGGAUUUACUCAGCCACAGCCCUGACAGCUCCCCGCAGUUAAGGGAAGAGCCCCAGAAGGACAAUAAGGCUCACGAUUCUCCUGUCUCCAAGCAGGACUGUAACAGUGACGGGGAAUCGAAAAGCUCCUCACCAUACUGCGAGUCAGAGGUUUCCACCUCCGAGCGAAGCUGACGGUGUGGCUUUCAAGAAAUAAACUUUCGUAGCAAUAUCUCAUCAGUUCUGCAAAUCAUCAGAGAGCAAUUCGUGAAGCUUCCAUGAUUAUUUUACUACACAA